GUGCCGAUACAAAGGUUGGUGACAGUGAAGGCAAGGAAAGCAACACAAGAUGGAGGCAGUGCCACGACUAGGUAUGCUGCGCUUCGAGCUUAAAUCUAGCGCAGAAAGUGUUGAAUUUGGACCAAAACUAAGACAGUACAUAAGGGACCAUUACAAUGAAGAUCCUGACAGCUACAGUACUGAAAUUCAUGAGCUGGAGACUUUACGGGCAUCAGCCACCCAUGCCCCUCAUGACUUCACUGGCUGCUCCCUCCUUAAGAAAUACUACUGUCAGCUACACUUCCUUGUCUCUAGAUUCCCCCUCAGUGAGAACCCCAGUAUUGCCAUCACAUUCAAUUGGUAUGACAUAUACUCCAGUGUAGUUUACAAUGUGGCUGACAUCAAAUAUGAGAUGGCAUGCAUCCUCUACAACAUAGGGGCGCUGCACACUUACCUUGGGGCCAUUGAUGCCAGGAACACUCCUGAUGGCAUGAAGAUCAGUUGCACACAUUUCCAGUGUGCAGCAUGGGCUUUCCAGCACCUUCGUGAGACAUACCCUCAGCCUCGGGAAUCAGACCUUAGUCCAACACUGUUAACCUUCAUGUACAAUGUAGCAUUGGCCCAGGCACAGGAGUGCAUCCUGGAGAAGAGCAUGACAGACAACCGCAAGCCCACCAUCAUAGCUAAAGUUGCUAUGCAGGUGGUAGAGUACCUGAAGGCUGCCAUGAAGAGUCUCUGGCCAGGGAAAUCUACAGAUGCAGUUGUUGCAGAUAUUGUCGGAUCCAGAAAAUUAAAGAUGUGGCGGAGAUACUGCGAAUUCAAGGUGGCAUACCACGGUGCUGUGGCCUUGCUGUACCAAGGAAUGCAGGCUGAGGAGCAGCAAAAGAUGGGGGAGCGGCUGGCAUACUACCAGGCAGCAGUGGAUGCUCUGACUGAGGCUUCUAAAUUGGCAAAGAAUCUGGAGCAACAAGAGUUCAUGGAUAAGCUGAAUCAGUCCAAUGAGAGCAUGCAUUUGAAGCUCGUAACUGAGAGUCUGACAUUCUCCCAUGAUGUCAUCGGAGGAAAGCUCACGGCUGCCCAGAAGGAGAAUGAGUUUGUGUACCAUGAGAAGGUACCUCCCAUUGCAUCCCUGCCUGAGGUGAAGGGUGCAUCAUUGGUGAAGGGCAUUCCAUUCAGUGUGAAUGAUAUGGAGGUGUCUGGCCAGGACAUUUUCAUGAAGCUGGUGCCUCUGGAAGCUCACCAGGCCUCUUCUAUGUACAGUGAGGAGAAGGCCAAGCUACUUCGGCAAGUAGGCACAGCCAUCCAAGAGAAGAAUGAGGAACUGGAGACAUAUCUGGCUUCCAUGCAGCUGGACACCCUCACCUUAGACUCAAACUCAGAUGCUCUACCUCAGGAGCUGGUUGAAAGUUGUGCUGAUCUAAAUGCUAGCAAUGGAGUCAAGAAACUCACAGACAUUAUGGCAAAGAUAUCCAAUUUUUCCCAUGAUAUAAAUGCAACUUUAGAAGAAAUCAAAAGAUUGCUUGGGGAGGAGGAAGAAAAAGAAAAGGAAUUCAAUGCAAUGAUGGGGAAGCGGGCACCCAACAUGAUCCUUGGGGAGCUGCGGCGUGAGGCUGGCAAGUACCGUGAGGCAACUCAGAGUGCCCAGGAUAACAAUGUGGCCCUCCACCGUGCCAUCACCACCCACCUGCCCAACCUCCAGCUUCUCUGUAAGCCUCUUGACCAAGUGAUGACAGCUAUACCUUCUGUGGCAAGUGUGGAAGCCCAGGGAGAUCCAGCAACCAAGCAGGAGGUGAAGAGACUGCUAGGCAAGGUGCAUGAGAUGCAGGCACAGCGCUCCAAAUGGGAUGCUCAGCUGCGCUCGGACAUUCAGGAAGAUGAUGUCACCAAGCAGUUGGUGACCAAUCAAGAGGACAUGGAGGACUUCUUCAAGACUGAACUCAAGAAGCAUGACAAACUGGUUGGUCUACUGGAACAAAAUAUGGCUGCUCAAGCCAACAUCCUGCAAGCACUCUCAGAAGCCAAUGCUGCUUAUGCCACCACACGGAGGCUCACUAACCAGGUGCAAGCUCAGCGGACGGAAACUAUUUCUUCCUUGAUGGCAGCAUACAGUGCAUAUCUCAACAUCCUGAAGAAAGCAGAGGAUGCUGAGGAAUUUUACCACAAACUGGAGGGACAGGUAAACAAGUUGUCUUCCCGAGUCAAGUCAGUGUGCAGAGUACAGGAUGAGGAGAGGGAAGAGGUGCUAUCUGCAAAUGUGAAGAAAUUUACCGGAGGUGCUCUUGGAUCUAAGAAGCCUCCUGUGAUGCCUGGCCAAUCCACCAGUAUAGAGGUAACUUCAGGAACAUCUGGACCCAAACUAAAAGACUACCUACAGCAUAUGAAGGGUGGCAGUAGUGUGGGUGCUGCAGGAGUUGCAGCUGGUAGCAUGGCAUCUACUCAUCCUGGGACUGCAGGGUAUGAUCCUGCUGCCUCUUAUGUCAGUGGUGUGAGACCUGCUCCCUUAGGUUCAGAACAGAAUGAUCCCUUGACUUCAUGCAGUGGCCAGAGUAGUGGGGCAGGUUACACUACAAGCUAUUCAGGUGCAGCCUCAGCCUACCCACCCUCUGCUCCCUCUCCAGCUCCCUCUCCUGCCCCACAUGGCUCUGGUUCCCCAUACAAAAGCCCUUAUGGUGCACCUGGUAGCCAAUACUAUCCUCAACAGCCUGGAGCAUCUUAUCCAGCUGCCUCUGGUGGGAUGGCUUAUCCUCCAGCCCAGCAUUCCACUGUACCAGCAUCAAACGUCCCUGCUCCAGCACCUGCAACCACAGCAACUGCCCCUCAGCCAGUUCCCACCACAGCAACUCCUACUGGAAGCUACAUGCCUCACAGACUGGAGGCCAGUAUGGCAGUCCUUUUAAUUAUGGUUCUCAGUACUCAUACUAUGGGUAUAAUAAUGUGUCUGCAGGUUCUACAAGCACAGCAACAGCUUCAGCUACGGCCUCGGGUAUGCCUCACAUCCCACCACAGCACAGUGGUCCAACUACAGCCACUCAGCAGCAGCCCCAGCGACCACAGCUGGCUCAGCAACCACAGCAGCCCCAACCCCAGCACUCACAGCAACCACCACCCCAGCAUCCACAACAUCCACAGCCAACAACAGCAUCCACAGCAAACUCAACAACCACAGCAAACUCAGCAACCACAGCAGUCCCAACCUGUCUCAGGGUAUGCAGCAUCUGUGCCCGUAGGGUACACGGCAGGUUCACACCCAGCAACAACCAGCGGGGUGACAGGGACCACACAGAUGCCACAGUCAGGUGCUGCCGGUACCCAGGGUUAUUACAACUAUCACCAGCAUCAGCCAGGUGCUGCCCCAACACCAGCAGCACCAGGGAUGGCAACCCCUCAGAGCUACCACCCAUAUCAGUAUUCACAGAAUCAAGCUGGUCAUUUCACUAUUUCCUCUAUGUACAUUCAGGCCGGCUCUCACUACUCGGCAAACAGCAGACCUAAUGGUGACAGCAAAGCUGGUGGUGUGGUGUACUCUAACCAGUCUAUCUCUGCAGGCCAGAUGACCUCUACCAACAAAGAGCAGCCGCCAGUUAGCACCCAGCAGGGACCCAGACACCCUGCUCAAACUUACUCUACUAGCCCAUCAGUAACAACACCACAAGCAGCAAAUCUUUACACUCAUUGGAAUAUGUAUGCCAAUUAUCCCCAGGUUGGCAUAUCAUCCACCAGUGUCAGUCUGGCAGGUUCCACAUCCACAAACACAAGCAAGUCUGGCUUGUCAGAGUACUCUCUUAACACUGUGGCUACCACCACCACACCAAUGCCCACUGUUACUACAGACAGUAACAAGGUGGGUCCAAAAGUCAGCCAAGUGCCCAUUCCAAACUCAUAUUCUCAAGUUCAAUAUAAUAAUCCCAUGAUGUGGGCACAGUAUAGUGGGCACCAGCCACAGUACCAACCAAGACCUGGUCAGUUGCAGCAACCACAACAGCAGCAGCCACAGCAACAGCAGCAGCAGCCACAGCAACAACAGCAGCAACCACAGCAACAACAGCAGCAACCACAACAACAACAGCAGCAGCCACAGCAACAACAGCAGCAGCCACAACAACAACAACCUAGUCAUACUUAUUCACAACAAGCAUACCCACAGCACCAGGCACAUCAGUACCCUGCAAAGCCUCAGCAACAUCCAGGACAGCCUCAGCAGUACCCUCAUCAAUCUCAGCAAUAUUCAUACCCACAACAUCCACAUCAACCACAGCAAAUGCCCAUGCAGCCACGACAACAAGCUGUUCAACCCCAGCAACCUCUUCAGCCACAGCAGCAGCUGCCCAAACAGGCUGCACUGCCUCCCCAGCACCCACAAAGAACCAUCACCAAUGCCACCACCACCACCACCACCACUACUACUGCCACUACCACCACAGCAGCCCCUGCCUCUUCAUCAACAUCUGGAAUUUCUAACUUGGAUCUCCUGUCUGGCAUUGAGUUGACUUCUCCCAGCUCUCAGUGGUCCCCCCUCACACCUCAGCCAGCAGGGAGCAGGCAUUCAGUUGAACCUGCUGGUGAGAGAGGACCUGCUCCUGUUCAGUCUACCUUAGCUCCCGAUGUCACCUCAUCUGCUGCUGCUGCUGCUGCUGCUGCCUCCACCCAUCAGGUGCCAGUUACAGGAAGCAACUUGCCCAACAUAGUGUCAAGUAACACUGCUGUAGUGACUAGUACCAGUAGCACCACAUCUUCAGGACCACUGUCCUCCAACAUACUGGAUCUGACUGCUCUUGCCAAGAGUCGUAAACUUAGUGUGGUGGACCCUCUCACGGAUGAUGAAAAGCUGCAGAAGCUCGCUGGAGAGACUGAACGACUGAGCAAGGUGGUGGAGGGUUUGGACCGAAGAUCUCUCAAUGGACCCACAAAUCUAGAGCUUAAGUGGAAGGAGAUGGUUGAUGGUGUGGAGAAGGAGUGUGGUGAUCUCAAAGUGUCAGUGGCUCGGUGUUAUCCUCUCAAGAACAGGUUUGCUGACAUCCUUCCCUUUGAUCACACCCGUGUCAUCCUCUCCUCAUCCCCUCGAGAUGACUACAUCAAUGCUUCACAUGUACAGCUCAAGUCAGUGGAGGACAGCUUCCCAAUGAUUCUGACACAAGCACCAGCAACUUCCACCUUAUUAGACUUUUGGACAAUGGUAUGGGAACAGCAAGUGGAGCUUAUUGUGUGCCUCAAUUCUGAUGCUGAGGUGAAGGGACAAGUGUACCAUGGAAACGAAGUGUCCAGCAGUGUGGAUUAUGGUCCCCUCACAGUGGUGGUGCACAGCCUCCGGUCAGGCAGCUCCUCCACUGCUUGCCACAGAGUGCUGCACGUCACCCAUCGCACUACCAAGAUCACCCGUGUUAUCAUACAUUUACAGUUCCUUGGUUGGCCUCCCAGUGCCAUGCCAGAGACACCAGGGCCACUGCUACAGUUUGUGGGAGAGGUGCACACCUUCCAGCGCCAACAGAGGAACAAGAUGCGACCUGUUGUGGUGCACUGUGUUCCGGGCCUGGGUCGAUCUGGAGUGCUUGCUGUCCUCUCAUCAUUCAUCAAAGAGCUUCAUGCCAGUGGCAGCCUGAUAGACCUGACAUCCUUGGUGGUGGACCUGAGCAAACAGAGGCGUGGUGGUGUUCAGGACAAGGACCACAUGUACUUCCUCUUCUCUGCGGCUCUCUAUUAUGCCCAGGAUGUGCUGAUGAAGCGUGGCAUCUUGACCAAUAAGGCCACAUUUGAAGAGGGUCCCAGAGAAAAAACUCAUGUACGUCAUCCCUCAGCUGACCUCCUCUCAUCAUAUGACCUUUCCCGGCUUAAAAGCAAACUUGGAUUUGACCAAGAAAGUGGAAAGUCUGGCAGUGAGGAAGACCAGGCCUCCAGCAACACAGCCACUUGUAAUGGUUCAUCACCUGCCAUCGAGGAACCAGUGUCAAAAGAGAGUGUCAUGACAUCAGAUCCCUCAGCCACAUUAGCUACAGGCAUUGCUGAUACCGACCUUGAUACUGGGGUGAAGGGUGAUGAGGGGGCCAAAGAGAAGGAGGUUGACACACUAGCAGCAGCACCAAGCAAACCAAGUGGAACAGUUGACCCAGGCUUUUCUUCUCUUCCCCCAAGCUUGGCAGCCAGUAUGGACCCACAGCAAUUCAAGCUUGAACCACCUGUGCUGGGAAAGCCUAAUAAGAUAACAAAAGAAAACUUUGAGAAUGUUAGCAGUGGAGGUCUGAAGAAGACGGAUGACCCAAGUGAUCCAUUUAGUGGACUGGAUCCUCUCUGGUCACAUAAGAAAUCAUCUUAGUGUACAGGUGAAGUAAUGCCAUAGUGAGUUUGCUCGACCCUAGUGGUGAGACACGUCAUCUAUGCUGACACUGGGCUGGACAAGAGGUGCUAGCAGGUUGUCAUAAGGUAAAGUUAGUUUUUGUUUUCGUUCAGUCUGGUUUUGGUAAGAAUGCAUCAUAAUGAUACAGUGAUGUAAAUAUUACAUUCAAGUUGCCAAAUCAAAAUUUAGUACUAUCUGGAAAUAAAUAUAUAUUUUUUCUUUAGUCGUUCUGAUGAUGAUCCCUUUUUGUAAUUACAGUUUAGAUUAAUUUAAUUCUAGAAACCUGUUCCACAGUCAGAUACAUUUCUCUAUGUUUCCAUACUAUGUUAAAGAGAAUAUUACCAUAUUCAUAUUUUUCUUAUGAUGAGAUGCACCUUGCAAACUUUGUCCUUCCCUGAGUCUUUUAAGCGCUUUAAUUGAAUAAUGAUUAGUUCAUUGUUUAUUGAUAUAGUAAGCGUCCAUUGUUAAGGUCAUUAGAACAUCUGUUUGAUAUGGACAUUAUGAUCCUGUAAAAUCUGUCUUCAUAUUGUAAGACAGUAUCUCCUGCAAAUCUGGACCAAGAAAUAUCUUUGUAAAUAUUCUUUGAAUCUUUCACAUAAGUUUGUGAGGUAUACUUUGUGGAUGCAUAGAAUUUUGGGGUAUAUUGUUAAUGGUAGAAGAUGUAAUAUGCAGUUAUAUAUAUUGUGAAGAGUGUGGUAUAGUUGGUGAAGCCACACUGAAUGCAACCCUUGUGCUUGUAACUGUACCUUGUUUAUGUGCAUCAAACAGAAUUCUUGUUGUUAACUAUAAUCGGAGCAUUCGUGAUUCGUAGGUUUAUUAUUCCCAAUACUCAGUGCCACAAACAGUUAAGAUUAAACAUCUAAAUGAUAAUUGAUAGCCGUGUGAAAGAUAUGGAGGGGCGGAGUCAGUCCAGUGAAGCUCACCUGAUGCAUAGUAGCUGAAUUAGAUACUUGUAAUAUGUGAUGAUUUGUUGUAUUUGUUCUGAUUGUACCACAUUACCAUAAAGAAAAGCUUAAUUUUAUAUAUUAUAAUCUACAUAAGUUCCUAAGAGUAUGUACUAGUUACCAUGUAUUUUAAAAGAUUACUGGACGUGAGAGUGAUUGCCUUAGUCCCUGAGCAGCAGAGACUGUCACUACCUGCUUGUGUCAUCUGUUUGUUGUGAUUGAUCACUGUGAUGUUUUGUAUAUGGAAAGAGUCUCAACUAUUGGUCUUCAUGGUAUCCAUAAACUUUGAACUAUGUCCCGUUGAAUACAGUAACCAAUAAAGAAAUGUUAAGAUA